AUGCUGAAAAACGCCAGUCCCGUGGCCAAACUGUACUUGUCCAUAAUUGAUGACGUUAUUGACAAUAUGAGGGAGCUCUUCUUCGACGAGGGGCUUGAAGACCGCGUCCUGGAUGAUUUAAAACAUCUUUGGAAGUCCAAGUUGAUGCAGUCCAAAGCCAUGGAAGACUUGAGGAAGAACAGUGUCAACCUAUCCAACUUCGUCCUGCAGCUCCCUGCCAGCUACAAUCCCCCUGAUCAAGAUCUCUCGGCUUCAGUCCUGAUCUCUGCAAAUCAGAAUGUCCACUACCAGGCCAACAACAAUUCAGAGGCACUUGCUACUUUCUCCCUCCCAGCUGGCUUGACUUACCCUGUGCAGAUCCCAGCAGGAGUCACACUACAGACCGCCUCCGGUCAGCUGUACAAGGUCAAUGUUCCCGUCGUGGUUACUCAGGCUCCAGGCAGCCAGCAGCCGGCACCUCAGCCCACACAGAAAGCCACCGAAAUGAGAAAAGCUCCCGCCCCACAGCCAGCUGCAGUACCACCAAAUCCCAUCCUGCCUCUCGAGGGGGAGCCUUCCUCUGUUCCUGCCUCCUCUGUCACCCAGCCAGUGGCUGGUUUACCCCCCAUUCAGGACGCCGGCGUCUGCCAACACUCUCCAGAGCCAGAGGUCGCACUGGCAGAAAAUGAGUCGGGUCCACAAACUGAGCCCAUCAACCUCAGCAGGAGCGGCUCGCCCCGCACUCAGUUAGACUACCAGAUCAGGGCCGAGGAGGCUUUGAUGCAGUCGGCACAGAGCAGGGACAUUGAGGACAUCCUGAAAGAGGUGAUUGAGAAGGAGAGGGAGAGAGCAGACAGGGCGAGGAGUCAAGGACCUUUGAUGGAUGGCCAGUUGGACAGUGCUCUUGGGCUGGACUUGAACUACAACGUGCUGUCGGACAUCAUUCAGCUGGACGGUCCAGCAGACAACUCUGACCUUGAGGAGGUGGUGGUGGAGGAGGAGGAGGAGGAGGAGGAGAAGGAAAGGCCCCGCCUGGAAGAGACGGACUUCCUGAGUCUGAUCAGUGCGGAGGCCAUCCGAGCCCUGCAGGAGGAGAAGGACCCUCUGAACUCCGGAGACGAUGUGAUUGAACAAGACAUCCCAGAUCUCUUUGACACCGACAACGUAAUUGUUUGCCAGUAUGACAAAAUUCACCGUACCAAGAACCGCUGGAAGUUUCAUCUGAAAGAUGGCGUGAUGUGCUAUGGGGGCCAAGAACACGUGUUCUCUAAAGCGAUUGGCGAAGCGGAGUGGUGAUGAGCUUUGUGCUCUU